AAUAAACCUAAUCUCGUGUGCACAAACAAGUUCAGUGUGUUAUCAGAAAACAGCAGCAGCUCCAUAAACAUUGAAAGUGAACAAGCCACUUAACGUGAAGAGAAAAACGUUGUAAGGAGCUGCUAAAACAUCGCCAACAGCCAGAAACGGCGAACAAAGAAACACAAUGUGCUUUUUCUAGCGGACAGCCAUGGAAGAAAGCGAGCAAAUAUUCUACAGGAUGUGAAUACGGAUCUUCGUGCAACUGGCAUCGUAAAACCUGGUGCGAGGACAGAAAAUAUUGUUGAUGGCAUAUCAGAACACAAGAAUACAACAAGGGACAGUGACUUUGUUGUUUGUGUGACUGGUGCAAAUGAUGUAGCACAAAAUGAAGCCAAAAAGUGUAUAACAGGAGCACUUCGAAUGCUGGUGCUUUGCUGUGAAUGCUUCGGCUGGUGUCCUACAGGUGUCAAUGCAUUACACUAAAAGUAACAAAGGUUGAAUCUCCUGUCAAUGAAACCCACGAUGAGAGAAAUGCUAGGCUGGGUCGGCCACAGUCACCUCACCUUACCAUUUACAAAAUGCAACUAACAUCAAUGCUUUCAAUCACACACCGAAUGACAGGACUAGCUUUGAGUUUCUACAUGACAAUUUUGGGUCUAGGUACUCUUGUAUCACCUUACCAGUUCACUGAUUUCAUCACUUGGAUGCAAGAACUGCAUUUGAAUCCAGCAGUAAUCACAGCCAUGAAAGCAAUGAUGGCAUUUCCUCUGGCAUAUCAUAUAUCUAAUGGUGCCCGUCACUUGGUUUGGGAUUUAGGAAAGGCACUGACAAUAAAGGAAGUGUAUUACACAGGUUAUACUAUGUUAAUUGCAGCAACAAUUGUGACAGCAUGGCUACUGUCACUGUAAUAUAAAAAGUCUUUCCUCAUAACAAUCACACUGGAAGUAGUGCUUGGUGUAGUGUGCUUAAAGAGUAUGCAGCAGCAUUUAUUUAUGAGGAGAAUGUGUGUAAAUCUGCAACACUUUUGUGUACAUAACUGCUUUGCAGGUUCUAACUCCAAUAUUAUUUUAAAAUAUUUGUGAAUUCAAGAAACUGUAGUAUAUGAUUAUG